GGGUCCGUAUAGAAGCGGCGCCACGUCCGCCGCCCCGCAGGUCGCAGCUCACCCAUGAUCCGCUCAGCUCCGCCGUGCGGGCCGAACCGGGCCGGCCAUCAGAACGGCCUGCGGGACGAAGAGGAGGAUGAGCAGGGAGACCUGGAGGACGAGGUGGACGCGUCGCACCUGGAGAAGUUCAUGCGGGACCGGAGGAGAGCGCGGUCGCUGCCCGAGCUGCUGGACGGCGGCAGGAAGCGGGUCAAGUUCGCGGACUCGAUGGGUCUGAGCCUGGCCCGCAUCAAGCACUUCAGCGCCCAGGAGGACCCGCAGAUCCCGCCUAAGGUUCUGUCCCGGUACCAGAGCUCCCCCCCGCAGCAGCAGGACCCGCGGGCCGGGCCGGACCCGCCACGGCUGCUGGCCUGCUUCCCCGAGCCGCGGGACGCGGAGCGGCGGGUUCGGGAGCUGCGGGUCUGCCUGGAGAGGCUGGCCGUGACCCGGUUCGAGCUGCGGGGCCAGGUGCGGGUCCUGCGGGGCAGCGCCGUCAGGGAAGUCGGGGUCCGGCUCACCUACAACGACUGGCUGUCCUACGUGGACGCGCAGGCGGUGCCGGUCCCGGAGCAGCCAGGGUCGGAGGCGGUCCGGUUCGGAUUCACCGUGUUCACUCCGCCCUGCAUGGACCCGGGCGCCGCCGUGCACUUCGCCGUGUUCCUGCGCAGCGACGAGGGAGAGUUCUGGGACAACAACCAGGGCCAGAACUACUCGCUGCGGUACCGGAACCACAACCAGAACCAGCCGGGCCGCCCGGACCCCGAGCCGGCCGGAGAGGCUUCUCCAUCCCUCUGAGCGGAUCAGAACCAUCUGGAACCACUCGACCACUUCCAGCAGUGGACUCCAGGCGGGAUGCUGGACCCGCAGGGGAUCCAACCGGACCGGUUCUGAUCCCGGAACCGUUAAUCUCCAACAGGUCCAUUCCUCCAUCAAGACUUUGAUCUUUAUCAGCCAUAUUGAAAAUCCAAGAUGGACGUUAAUCGAUCAUUUAAUUUGAUCUGAUUGAUUUGUUUCUGGGACAGAAAACAUGUUUGGACAUUUUAUCGUUCAUCAUAUUAUUAUUAUUAUUAUUAUUAUUAGACAGCUGCCUUAAAAAGUCGAACCUCUCCCUUCUAAAAAAUUAAUAUCUGCCUGUUUUAAUAGUUUAAAGACCAAAUAUAAAGUAAUGGAAACACUUUCACUAAUCUGCUAACAGGGCAGCUAAUUUUUAAUCCAUUUAGUGCUUUAAUGUUUUUGCUAACUGUGAAAAUGUUUAGCACAUUUAGCUUCCCCUAAAUUGAUUUCCAGGAUAAACGCUAAAGCACUAAUUUCCAUCACUGUUCUGUAAACAAAUAAAGUCUAAGGCCAUUAUAGAGCAUUUCAAUUAUUUUAAAAAUACCUGAAGUUUAGUCUCUCAAUGGCAGAUAUUUCUUUGCUAACUUUGAAAGCUUUCAUCACACUUAGGUUCAUCUAAAUUAACUUUUCCAGGUAAUAUCUAAAGCUCUAAUUUAGGAAGUUGUAAACUUUUUAGUUUAAUAAAACUUGAUCGAUUCAAGAAUUCAUGUAGUUAGCGUUUAUAGUCAUGCUCUUAUUUUGAAAGGGGAGGACUGCAAGUGGAAACAAGUACAACACCUAAUCAACCAGCGGUUAAAUUUAGCGCUUUAGCAUUAGCUUCCACAAGCCACCGCGUUGUAGUAGCGCCCUAGCAUUAGACGAACUAGGGUUAUGAUUACUGCUUUAUGGUUAGCAUAGCUACCAUUUUAGCUAAUGGAGCCCAUCCCUGUUCCUUAUAAUAAUUUAGAUUUUAAAAUUGAAAAUGUUAGAUUUUAAAAUGUAAUAAUUAUUAUUGAAAAUGAAAAUAAACUCGUUUUUUUUACAUUAAAGUUUUAAUGAAGCAAUAAAAUCUGAUGAUUAUUAUCUAAUAAUAAUAAUAAUAAUAAUAAUAAUAAUAGUAAUAAUAAUAAUAAUAAUGAUAAUAAUCUGUUGAGGUCAUAAAUUAUUUGACUAAAGUAAAUCUGAUGUUUUUUCCUUAUUUUCACUUUUUCUGGGCUCCGCUGCUACAGGAAGUCGUUGGUGUGAUUUAACUGUGACGUCAUGAGCAGGGCGCGCUCUGAUUGGUCCGUCCUCCUGCCGGUGUUCCGUGUUGUGAAACGCUGCGGGAUGUUUUCCUUCUGCUCGCAGUUUGGAGCCAAAUAUUUGGUUUAAUAUUGCACACAGCGCUGGAGGGGAGGAGGUUCGGUCCGGAUUAUGAAAAACAAACAAAGUUCUGGGUCCAGAUCCAGAGUUCGGUGCCGGUUUCACCCAGAUGACCCAAACAGCAGAACAUCUCUUGCUGGUUUUCUCUGUUUCGCAUCUUUUAGAAAUUAUUUCCUCACAUAAAGAGGAAAAAGUUCUAAUUGGACCCAGUUCCGGUCCGAACCCAGUAGAACCGCAGGACCAAUAAAAACCUGCACGUGAGAUUCUGUUUGAUCAAACCGUCGCCAUGUUUUUCCACCGUCACUGAUUUUAAAAUGAUUUUUUUCUGAUUUUAAGACGGAACAUCCGGUCCGGUCCAGACGCUACAGAACCACAGUUCAGAUUUUAAUUAAGGUUUUAAUGAAGUUCACAGAUCGCUGCUGGGGUUCAUGAGAAACUUUAUAAAACUUUAAUAAUUAACUGAUGAUUCUGAUCGAUCAGAAGGAAUGUGACUGAAAUUAUUUUACAGUUUUUUAUAAAAUGAUGAACAAGAUGAGAAAAUAAACUGAAUUAAAGACUUUUAACCGUCUGUUUUAUGUAAAAUAAAGUUUUGGUGAGUUUGA